UUUUUUGUGUUAGUUUAAUAAGUGUUGAAGGUGUUUUGGUGUAGGUUGGGUUGCCUAUCGUGCAGCGUAAUUCACCGGCAAACUGACACUGACAUUUCUCACCGGACUCGCCUCAUUCACAUCAUCACAACUUUAUCCGCAGAAUGUUUUAAACAAAUACGCCGUUAGAAAUAAUAUUUAUUAAAAUGUUACCGACAUUUACGCAAGUUCAUCUAUUUCUGCUGAUAAUAACACUGAAUACUACGCGGGGAAUUGUGAACUAACAGGAAUAUGCACCGCAACAACAUGAGAAACGAUCAAUCGUAAAAUCAUCAAAAUUUGCAUGAAAUGCAAUAAAUCACGACUGAAACAAGUAUUUAGAGCUAGUCAUUUCCUUGAAUAACCUGUUUUACAAUGAUGAUGAUGGAGAAAGCAAUGGGUGAGAAUGUGGAGCUGCAACAACUCGUCGACGAAGAAAUCGAAGAGGAAAUCGUCCAAUUCCAGCUGCAGCCACAUCAUUACAUCAAAGAAGACCGAGGCUACAAAUUAAGAUGCUUCAAAUGUCCGUAUUUGGGCCUUAUACUGGCCAUCCUCAGCUCAUUAUUCUUCUCUCUAUGUUCUGUCAUUGUGAAAUGGAUGCGCGAUGUGGAUCCGAUCGCGCUUGCAGCUUACCGGUACAUUGGCGUGCUGCUACCUGCAAUUCCGAUUGUCAUCUAUAAGCAGGAGCCGUUAUUUCCGCAAGGCAAGCGAAUCAUGCUGCUUCUGCGCUCGAUAACCGGCACCACUGCAUUGAUGUUAAGCUUUUACGCCUUCCGACAUAUGCCACUGGCGGACGCAAGCGUUAUUGUCUUCAGCGUGCCGGUAUUCACCGCGAUAUUUGCGCGGAUGUUCCUGAAAGAACCCUGUGGCUGGUUCAAUGUAAUCACCGUCUUGAUGACGUUGAUCGGCGUGGUACUUGUAACGCGACCGCCAGUUUUAUUUAGUAAUACGAUCGCUUCACUCGGGGAGCAGGAUCAUGGCGAGACUGAGAUUUGGAGCGCUGUGGCCGCGUUCACAUCGACGUUAUUCGGUGCGAAUGCAUAUGUUUUACUCAGGGCAUUGAAGGGUAUACAUUUUUCGGUUAUCAUGACUAAUUUUGGUUCAUAUGCGCUUGUGCAAUGUUUGGUUGUUGCUGCGAUGAUAGGCGCGCUGUGUCUGCCACAAUGUGGGCAUGAUAGGCUGUUGGUGGUUGCGUUAGCUUUCUUUAGUUUUCUCGGGCAGAUUUUGUUAACGGUGGCGUUGCAGGUUGAGCAGGCUGGGCCGGUGGCGAUUGCAAGGAGUUCAGAUAUUGUGUUUGCGUUUUGCUGGCAAGUGGCUUUCUUUAAAGAGGCGCCGAAUGUGUAUUCGGUGGCCGGAGCAGUUCUAGUCAUGAGCUCUGUGCUUGUUAUUGGUAUCCGGAAAUGGAUAUUAGCGUUGCCGGAAAGCUCGGCAGCGAGGAAAAAGUUUGCUGUGCUUAUGAAGUAAAACGCACACGAACACAAAUGUAAAUCAGCAUCAGAAGCCUUAAAAGACACACUUGAAAGUAUUAAUUCAUUUAUUUGUUUAUUUAGUCAUUUAGUAUUAAGCGUCUAGUCAUUGAAUGUGAUUUUAUGUAUAAGUUGUUCGCGUUUUAUUUAUGUUUAUAUAAUAUUGCAUUGCAGGGAUUGAUUGCAUUUAUGAAAUCAUAUCGUCAUCAUAUCAUUUGAAUGAACUCGGUUCUGUAUUUAAUCAUGUGUCUUGAUUAUUGAUAAGAUUGCAAAUAAGCAAUGGCAUAAGUGUACAAGUUAUAGGACCAAAGAUAUGUGUGCUAACACUUUUUGUAGUUGAUUAUUAAUGUACUAUAAGUGAUUAAUAAUAUAUUAUCAUUGCCCUACAA